GUGUUACGUAUGCCCAACGACCGACUGCCUCGACGUGCUAUGUUCAGUGGUAUAGGAGUAGGUUGGAAGAAAGCUAGGGGCGGCCAGACCAAAACAUGGCACAAGUCCAUGAAGUCACUGACAAGUGAACUGAGUCAUGUUGGUAGGUGUAGACUACCUGGUUGGGGACCGCGAGAUGAUAGCAACCGAUGGUUAGAGACCCUGAAUGACAUGGCUCAAAAUCGUUUGCAAUGGCGCAGGUGCAUCCACUCUUUAUGUUCUCCCAAAUUUCGAUCUCCUUAUUCCUCCUUGUCUCUUUUUUCCUCUUCCCAAAUUUAUUUCACUGUAUUAUACUCUUUAAAUAACAUCUCCAAACGCUAAUCUUCCCGAUUACUGCUUAUACUCUUAUUACCUCUACCACUACGGGAUUUGAAUCGACCACUGCAUCUCUGUGCUAAUGUGGUGUGGCAACUCGAACUGAUGUACGUACGUACGAAGUUCUACGUUGUUACUGACUGUGACUUGAGUGAAUGGUCGAUUUAUUCCGAUAUGAUUUAGGCCAGUCUAUCAAUGGUGACCUAGUGCCUAUCAGCUUGGCAGGGAAUGUUAUCGACCCCAUCAGGGGUUCCGAAGAAAUCUAAGUACACUACACUCACCUCCUUCAGGUCGUGGGUGGUAGUUGGUUUAUCUACUGCAGUCAUCAGAUUGAGUUGCAGAAGUAAUCUUCGAAAUCGUACUGUUGGGGUGAAAAAUAUUUUUAGGUAGUAAUUAGUCACGUAGGCCGUUAUAAACCAGAGGUUUUCUAGCCUCUAAAGGUACUGAUAAGAGAAUUGCUACUACAUGGAAAAGUUGAAUAAGUCUAAUGUAAGAUCGUAUAAGUUGUUAUAUUAACAAAUUUCCUUAGUGAAUACGAAUCUACUCCUCCCUUGGUUUUGUCAGUUCAUUUGCAAAGAUUUACUAGUGUUCCAACAGGCCUGAUUGUUUACGUUAUUCAGUUCUACACUUCUUUCAAUUUGCCAUUCAGAAGCUCAAAAUAUGUCUUCUAAAAGUUUCAAGGAACUAGGUGUUUGUAAUGAAAUAUGUGAUGUUAUUUCAACUCUUGGUUGGGUGAAACCUUCUGAAAUACAGCUGAAAGCUAUUCCGGCUGCUCUUCGUAAAAAGGACAUAGUGGGACUUGCAGAAACCGGAUCUGGGAAAACUGCCGCAUUUGCCAUACCAAUAUUACAAGAUUUACUCUCAAAGCCUAGACAUAACUUUGCAUUGGUACUGACUCCAACAAGAGAAUUAGCUCUUCAAGUCAAGUGUCUUUUUAUGGAACUAGGUGAUAAAUUUGGUCUGAAGGUGGUGUGUUUGGUAGGUGGCCAACAUGUUGAAGAUCAAGUUCGUGAUUUAAAAAGACUUAAAUUCCAUGUAAUUGUUGGGACACCUGGCCGAAUAGUUUAUCAUCUUGAAAAUACGAAAGAAUUGCGCUUAAAUCACGUUAGGUACUUUGUACUUGAUGAGGCUGACCAAAUGUUGGAGGAUACUUUUGAACAACAGUUAGCCUUCAUAAUAACAAAGUUGCAUCCCAAUAAACAGACCUUCUUAUAUUCAGCUACCAUGACACAGAAUGUUGAUAAAAUACGAAAGGUAUGCACCCAGUCACCAGUUAUACUUGAAGUCAGUUCAAAAUAUAGCAAAGUUGACAAGUUAGAUCAUGCAUUUGUUUUUAUUCCGGAUAAAGAAAGGGAUUUUUACCUUAUAUAUUUACUAUUAUUGUCAUCUAAGAGCGCAGACAAUAGUCGAUCGAUUAUAUUCACAAGCACAUGGAGAGAAUCGUUUCGUUUAGUGGCAAUGCUUAAAAGUUUGGCCGAUGUAAUUGGUGCUAGUUCUGCCCCACUUAAUGGUGUUAUGCAGCAAGAUAAACGCCAAUCAUCUUUAUUCGAUUUUCGUACAGGUCGUGUUUCAAUACUUGUAGCUACCGAUCUGGCCUCCAGGGGGUUAGACUUUCCAGAUGUUGAUCUUGUUAUUAAUUACGAUGUCCCACGUCGGCCAUCGUGGUCUGAUUCUGCAAAAGCAUACAUACAUCGAGUAGGAAGAACUGCUCGUGCUGGACGACACGGACGUGCUAUUACAUUUGUUACUCCUUAUUCAGUUACACGUUGAAAGCUAUAGAGUCAGCUUUAAACGAAAGAAUUCCUCAGUUACCUUGGCCUGGAACAGAUGCUUGAAUUCGCAGUUAAGACAACAAGUAGUACAAGCUGACAAAGAAGCUCGUGCAAACCUACGUAUCAAGGAAAAGCAGAAACAAAUAAAGAAAAAAAGGAAAGAUUCAUCAAACAAUGACAGAUUGCCAAAAACCAAACGAUCACGUCAAAGUAAAGAAGUGGAUUCAGAAGAGACAAACAGUGAACCAGAGUAGUUUACCAUUCUUUGUACAAAUUUUGUAAAUACUACUAGAUCAUCGCAUUACUGGAUUUUUCAUAUAAUUCUUUUUUGAAAUGUGUUUGUUUAAUCUAAGCAAUACAAGCUGUAAACCAGUUAUACUUCUUUCAGUAGAACUGCCAGAGGAUUGAAAGUUAUCAAUUGAAAAAUUGGUCUAGAAUCAACUACUUUAACCUUGAGAUUUCCA